AUGGCGACCAAGCUUUUUGGAGUAUUAUUCUUGAUAAUAUCAUUCUCUUCCUUCUUCUCUCAAGUCCUAUCAGACGAUGAUCAAUCGGAAUCCGGCGACAUCAGUCGGUGGUGUAGCACCACACCUCAUCCGGAGCCAUGCAAGUACUUCAUGAACCACAGCCACCACAAUUUUGAAAUACCCAAGUGCCGAGCCGACUUCAGAACGAUGGCGGUACAAGUGGCCAUGGACAGAGCCUAUCAUGCACAGAGCCUUGCAAAGCAGUUGGGACCGCAUUGCCGGAGCAAGCGAAAGAAGGCCGCGUGGAGAGACUGCUGUGACCUCUUCGACGAUGCCAUUCUCUCUCUCAACCGAACCCUACAAGGCCUAAGAAACAAUGGGAGCCGCUCGGAUUUUGAUGCUCAAACUUGGCUCAGCGCUGCCCUCACGAGCCUUGAGACUUGUCGAGCAGGCUCACAUGAGCUCAAUGUAUCGAGCUUCAUCUCGCCGAUCAUUUCCAAUAAUGUCUCCGAAUUGAUCAGCAAUAGUUUGGCCAUUAAUGGGGUUUUGAUGCAGGAUCAAAGUUACAAAGAGGGGUUUCCUAGUUGGGUUUCCAAGGGUGAUCGGAAGCUUUUGCAAUCUAAAUCACUGUCUUCUAGGGCUAAUGUUGUUGUGGCUAAGGAUGGGUCAGGGAAUUUUGGGACCAUUCAGGCCGCGAUUAAUGCCGCUGCGAAGAAGACAGGGAAUGGGAGGUUUAUUAUACAUUUGAAAAGAGGGGUUUAUACCGAGAAUAUUUUGAUUGGGAGGAACUUGAAUAAUAUUAUCUUCGUUGGUGAUGGAUUGAGAUAUACCAUAAUCACUGGCAGCCGGAGUUCUACAGGGGGAUUCACCACCUACAGCACUGCAACUUUUGGUGUUGAUGGCAUUGGAUUCAUGGCUCGUGGGAUCACAUUCCGAAACACAGCCGGUCCACAAAAUGGUCAAGCAGUGGCUUUCCGAUCAGCCUCCGAUCUCUCAGUCUUCUACGCUUGUGCUUUCGAUGGGUACCAAGACACUCUCUUCGUCCACGCGCAACGACAAUUCUACAAAUCAUGCUACAUAUAUGGCACCAUAGACUUCAUUUUUGGUAAUGCUGCAGUAGUGUUCCAAAAUUGCGUCAUCUACGUGAGGAAGCCCUUAUCUGGCCAAGCCAAUACCAUAACAGCUCAAGGUAGGGGUGACCCGUACCAAAACACCGGCAUUUCCAUCCACAACUCACGUGUCCUGGCUGCACCGGACCUUAGGCCGGUGGUUAGCUCGUUCAAGACCUACUUAGGCCGGCCGUGGCAGCAGUACUCGAGGACGGUCUUCCUCAAGACUUAUCUUGAUAGCUUGGUGAGUCCAGAAGGGUGGUCAACAUGGGAUGCUUCUAAUUUUGCUCUGGAUACAUUGUAUUAUGGUGAGUACAUGAAUUUCGGACCGGCUUCUUCCACUACAAAUCGAGUCAAGUGGCGCGGUUAUAGGGUUAUCACAAAUGCGAAGGAGGCGUUGCAGUUCACUGUUGGCAGCUUCAUUGCCGGCAGGUCGUGGUUGCCGAGCACUGGUGUCCCAUUCAUUGCUGGCCUGUGA